AUGGAUGAAAACAGUACUGAGAAUAACCAUAACUAUCCACACCACCAAAGUUUUGAUAUCUCCGUCAACUUUCCUCUACAGAGCGACUCCAAAUGUUUGGACGAAGAUGGCCGUCCCAAACGAACUGGGACGUUUUGGACGGCAAGUGCUCACAUAAUAACAGCUGUGAUUGGGUCUGGAGUUCUGUCCCUGUCUUGGGCUAUCGCUCAGCUUGGAUGGAUUGCUGGUCCAGUUGUGAUGUUGAUGUUCUCCUUUGUCACUUACUACACCUCUGUUCUGUUGACCUCGUGUUACCGUUCAGGCGAUCCGGUGGCCGGCGAGAGAAAUUAUACUUACAUGGAGGCGGUUCAAUCCAACCUUGGUGGUGUUAAGUUCAAGUUUUGUGGUGUAAUUCAGUACCUGAACCUUUCUGGGGCGGCCAUUGGGUACACUAUCACAGCUUGUAUAAGCAUGAUGGCAAUUAGACGAUCCAACUGCUUCCAAAAAAGUGGCGGGAAAGAUCCUUGCAAAAUAUCAAGCAAUCCAUAUAUGAUCAUUUUUGGCAUCAUAGAGAUAUUUGUCUCUCAAAUUCCAGACUUCGCUCAGAUAUGGUGGCUUUCAAUAGUUGCUGCAAUCAUGUCCUGUACUUACUCCGCAAUAGGCCUCUCACUUGGAAUAGCCAAACUAGCAGAGAAUGGGAAAUUCAAGGGAAGCCUAAGUGGAGUAAGCAUUGGCACAGUGACUCGACCCCAAAAAGUCUGGAGGAGCUUCCAAGCUCUUGGCAACAUAGCAUUUGCUUAUUCUUACUCUCUAAUCCUUAUUGAAAUUCAGGACACAAUCAAAUCACCACCAUCAGAGGCCAAAACAAUGAAAAAGGCCUCUUUGGUAAGUGUCACGGUAACAACCAUCUUCUACCUGCUCUGUGGCUGCAUGGGUUAUGCAGCAUUCGGAGACCAUGCCCCGGGAAACCUCCUCACCGAUUUUGGCUUCCGAAACCCCUAUUGGCUUCUCGACAUAGCCAAUGCUUCUGUAGUGAUACACCUUAUUGGGGCAUACCAAGUUUACACUCAACCCCUUUUCGCCUUCAUUGAAAGAACAGCAUCAGAAGUAUUUCCUCAAAGUAAAUUCAUCAACAAAGAAAUCGAUGUCCCAAUUCCGGGGUUCAAGCCCUUCAAGCUCAAUCUCUUCCGGUUGGUAUGGCGAACCAUCUUUGUGAUCAUCUCCACUGUCAUAUCAAUGCUCAUGCCAUUCUUUAACGACGUAGUUGGAAUUCUUGGCGCUUUCGGGUUUUGGCCUCUCACGGUUUAUUUCCCGGUGGAGAUGUACAUAGUGCAUAAGAAGAUACCUAAGUGGAGCACUAGAUGGCUUUCCCUCCAAAUCUUAAGUGUUGUUUGCCUCAUUGUUUCCAUUGCUGCUGCCGUUGGUUCCUUUGCUGGUCUUUUUGAAGACCUCAAGGUUUACAAGCCCUUCAAGACCAGUUAUUGA